AGAAGAAAAUAAUUGCUGAUCUCCAAUCUCAAAUGUUUGAAUCUGUACCAUCUGAUUACAUUUCGACGCUUCUUCACCGCACGAUCUUCUUCCAAAUUUGGUUUUUAUAAUAGUAGUAAGCUUAAAACAAAAAACUAGUACUUCGAUAAAAUCAUACAAAUUUGAUGAAAAACUUUCGGUUUCUAUUCUAAUCAAGUAGUCUCUCUUCAAUCUUCCCCUUUCUACUCUCUCUCUCUCUUCUUACAGUCAAGAUGCUUCAAUUCUCGCUUCAACGAGCGAGAAAUUUGAAAUUGUUGCGACCUCAAUUAUAUGCUCUCAAAUAUUCAACUGCAACUGAGCCAUCUAGUCAGCAUCGCAAAUCUUCGAGGGUUCCUCUGCUGAUAGGAGGCAAAUUCAUUGAAUCACAAGCAGCUGAAUCAAUUGAUGUUCUGAAUCCGGCCACACAAGAAGUUGUUUCUCAAGUUCCAUUAACAACGAAAGAGGAGUUCAAAGCUGCAGUAUCUGCAGCAAAACAAGCUUUUCCAUCAUGGAGAAACACACCUGUUACAACUCGUCAGCGUAUAAUGUUUAAGCUUCAAGAACUUAUUAGGAGAGACAUGGAUAAGCUCGCCCUGAAUAUAACCACCGAACAAGGAAAGACACUCAAAGAUGCACAGGGUGAUGUUUUUCGUGGAUUAGAGGUAGUGGAACAUGUGUGUGGCAUGGGGACUCUCCAAAUGGGAGAAUUUGUCUCCAAUGUAUCAAAUGGUAUCGAUACUUACAGCAUUAGAGAGCCUCUUGGUGUUUGUGCUGGCAUCUGCCCCUUUAACUUUCCUGCGAUGAUUCCUUUGUGGAUGUUUCCAGUUGCAGUCACCUGCGGCAAUACCUUUAUUUUAAAGCCAUCAGAGAAAGAUCCAGGUGCUUCUGUUAUGCUUGCUGAGUUGGCUAUGGAAGCAGGUUUACCUGAUGGUGUCUUAAACAUUGUUCAUGGGACUAAUGAUACUGUCAACGGUAUAUGUGAUGAUGACGAUAUCCGUGCUGUAUCUUUUGUUGGUUCUAAUAAUGCUGGCAUGCACAUAUAUGGAAGAGCAUCAGCUAAAGGAAAGCGUGUUCAGUCUAACAUGGGUGCCAAGAACCAUGCCAUUGUCUUGCCUGAUGCAAAUAUUGAUGCUGCUGCAAAUGCACUUAUUGCUGCUGGUUUUGGUGCUGCGGGUCAGAGGUGCAUGGCACUAAGCACUGUGGUUUUUGUUGGAGACUUGAAGACAUGGGAAAACAAGUUGGUUGAGCUUGCUAAAGCACUGAAAGUGAAUGCUGGAACAGCACCUGAUGCUGACCUUGGUCCAGUCAUAAGCAAGCAGGCAAAGGAACGAAUAUGCAACUUGAUUCAAAGUGGGGUUGAAUCUGGAGCGAGACUAGUACUUGAUGGAAGAAACAUUGUGGUUCCGGGAUAUGAAAAUGGGAACUUCAUAGGUCCUACUAUCCUCUCUGAUGUCACACCUGACAUGGAGUGUUACAAGGAGGAAAUUUUUGGACCAGUAUUACUUUGUAUGCAGGCUGACAGUUUAGAAGAAGCCAUAAGCAUCGUUAAUAAAAAUAAAUACGGGAAUGGAGCAUCCAUUUUUACCUCAUCGGGAGCUGCUGCAAGGAAGUUCCAAACUGAAAUUGAGGCUGGACAGGUCGGCAUUAAUGUUCCAAUUCCUGUACCUCUUCCGUUCUUCUCAUUUACCGGUAGCAAGGCAUCUUUUGCUGGUGAUCUCAAUUUCUAUGGAAAAGCUGGCGUCCAGUUUUACAGCCAGUUGAAAACAGUGACCCAGCAAUGGAAGGAUUUACCAAGUGGAGUAUCUUUGGCUAUGCCAACUUCACAGAAAGCAUAGUUAACUUCUCAUGAAUAACAUCAUGUAACAAUUUCAAUAAAAUUAAUGCAAAGUCCUUUCGCCCUUUUACCUUA